AUGUAUUAAUUCAUUUCACCAAGAAAUCAGUUUUAAUCAAUAAACUAUUUACACUAUUUUUAAAAAUAAGGGGAAUCUAUUUUAAAUAAUAAAGCUUUUAUUUGUAAAAAGGGAGAUGGCGAUAUAUUCUUUGAAAAGUUGAUUUCAGUAAUUAUUGAUUUAGAGGAGAGAGCAUAAAUUCAGUUAUUGUAUAAAUCGAAUUACCUUUUUCCUCUUAUAGGGUGUAUGGAGAUCGGAAGGAAAGUAAGAGGAAGUUUAGCACUUUUGAGGUUUAUAAAAUACGGACUAUGGGGAGAUGAAUCAUAUCUUAGUGGAUGUCUAAUUGGCCACAAUGAAUAAUGCUAUUUUAUAUUUAAUAUAAUUAAAAUCUACAUACAAUGGAUAUGCAUCCGAUCAUUUCUACAUCAAAAUAAAAAGCAAUUAAUUGCUGUAGUUGGAGAUAAAGGAGUUGGUAAACAUUAAUUAAUUGAGAAAAUGCUGGAUGUUGAAACCAAAGUAAAUGACAGAGAUAUAAUGUCGAUUGAUUUUUUUAUAUCAUAUAUAUGGAUAGGGGAUUGCCAAUAUCAAACGAUUCACUACUGGGUGGUCAAUUUGGAUUCAAAUUAAUAACAGGUUAAGACCAUGCCAUUUAUUCCUUAGAGUGACAUCUACGUUAUCAUGUUCAGCCUGCACCAGAACAGAAGUUUAUUCAACGCGCUUCAUGUUUGGUUUUAAUUGAGUUCCUAAAAAAGGAAUGCUCAAUAUAUAUUUUUGGGUUCGGACAGCGGUGAGUCGAGACAAUGUGGUUCGUUCAAUGAUAUCAUCAAGAUCAUAAGGAAUAAAAUGAUCAGAUCCUCGCCAAACUUGGAGGAGAUUUAAAACGAAUCAACUCUAAGGGAAAUUAGAAAAACUAUUGCAUACGUUGAUGAUUUUAUUGACGAAUCACUGCCAGAGAAUGUGUAAUACCUGGAAAUCAAAGAUUAUGAGCAUUAGCCGUUCAAGAGAGUGCUAAUUAGUUCGAUCUAAAAUGUGAUUAGUAAUGAACGACAAAUGUUGUAUUCAAUCAGCGCACCCAUAUCUCCAAACAUAAUGCCUCAGUUAUAAAAGUCUGUAUCUGAGUACCUACAGAAGACAGAGUUUAUGGAGAGGACCGAAAAUUCGAAGAGCGUUAAGGACAAGAGACAAUCAGAAAUAGUUCAAACCCUAAAAAUAGACUAUUCAUUGAAUAUUUAACCUAUUUAAUCAACGAUGAAUCCCAGUCUUUUGACUUUAGAAUAGAGCAGCUGUUCUUAAUAGGCCAAAAAAGAGACUGGAUUUUGUUGCUAAUUAAUAUGA